AUGUUACGAGUACCUUACCUAGCGGCGGCUGCGCCAGAUUUAGCCCCAGAUAGCGCAUGUGGAGUGACGAUAUCCGCUUAUCUUAUCAGCGCAUCUACAGUACAGGUACUCAUUAAAACAGCUGGGAGUGUAUACCUUGACCAUGCCCUUCCCCUUGAGUUACGGGAGGACGUGAUCAGAUUAACCAGCAAGACAUCAGCAGUAUCACUCGAGCACGUCGAUGGAGUCGCGCCUCGCUCCCUGCCCAAGCUUCCCAACAACGGCGAUGAUAGAUGGACUGAUGAUGGAAUGGCUGAAUUGGAGAAAGAACUAGAGCUAGCUUUGGUAGAGCAAGUGAAUUCAUCAGCGACCAGCGCACCAGGCUCCCCCAUCCUCGUUUGGUCGAGGCAUCACAGGACGAGAUCAAAAGUCAAAGAAUGGACUGAUCCCACUGGUAGCAGACCAGAAGAGCUGCGAGAUGCUUCUCGAUAUGGCACCCCAGCUCAGGGCCUUGAGGAGUUGGAGCAGCGGGAGACUCAAGUGGCGGUGGAAACACUAGAGAGGAGGGAACUACAGGAGGACGAGCUGAUCUGGGGCACCCAUCUUUUUAUGCAUUGGGGACUGGAGUGA